AGAAGCACACACAUCAUGUGUGCUUAACUCUCUGGUAUAGUAAAGCCAUUAAAAAGUCUUACUGGUUUAAAAUUGGGUUUUCAACAAGAACAAUAAAUGUCGGAUGAGACUCUUAAGUCCCGUCUAACCAUCUAGCGUAUGAAUUUAAAGUGAAACUCCCCUCUUUGUCUCUAAUGUGACAUUACAACAGAGAGCUGAACCAAAGACCCACAUGACCUCAUCUGCGCUUCCUCCUGAAAAGAGACAGUUAAGCAGUUAAGUUUGUUUAUCCAUCAAACCCCUCCAGCUUACCCCAGUUAACUGGUGAGGUAAGUCUUUUGUUGACUUACCUAAAAUUUCACAAGUUACAAACACCACGCCCGUGCUUACACUGUCGGCAAGAACUCCCCCUCGAAACCCGGGACAGAAAAUCCUCUUUAUUCUGCUGAAAGUUCGGCACACGUCAGGAGCUUCACAUACAGCACUGUGCGCACACUGUGUGUCUCAGCAGGACAGUGGACAGGAGCGGAGGGCAGGUAGUGUACUUGGAACUGCGGCGACUUCCAGACCCAUCCUGUGUAUCAGAGAGACCACCCUCUGAUCUCCCGCCCUCCAUCGUCAGUCCACCAUGGGCCAGGUCAUCAGCAAACCCAACUCUCCCUUCCAGAACUCCAAGUUCUUCUCCUCUUUUAAGCGUGGCUCCCCCAGCAGCACCUCAGACGACCAGAACUUAGCCCCUCGACCGAGCAUCUUCGCCACGCUGAAGAGGCCCCCGGCCCCCAAACCCAACGAUUUCAUACCUCUGUUCAACGACUGCAUCGCCGCCGCCUCAUCCAGGACUCAAGAAUACAUGAUCUUCAAAGACCCAGAGGACAAGUUCCGCCCGAGCCCGGAGACGCUCACUCAGGUCUUCCUGAUGACCUACAUCACUCAGAGCGUCAACCUCAACAUGACGGACACCUUCAACUGCACGGCCAUGACGCCCGAGCAGCGCAUCCUCCUGGGGGCCGACUGGGUCUGGGCCGUGCUGGAGAAACCCACCAAGAACCCUCGGAUCCAGAUAGCCGUGCAGGUCCUACACCUUCCCGACAAGGAGGACGCCGAGGAGGUCAGCACCCCGACGGAGUCCUGCAGCGAGUCCGUCCAGAUGGCCCAGAAAGAAGCCAGCAACAAGAACAUGUACGAGAAGAUGGUGGACUUCUGCACCUCCAUCGGCAAGGACUGCUACGCCCUCUUCCUGUUUUUGGGGAAGAAAAACGACAAGGGGAAUAUCUACGGAGUCCUCAGCAACAACUUUGAUGCGGCCAUCGGGAAGUGCGACACCAUUGACAGAGCUUUUAUCGAGAACUUCUUCAAAGGCUCGAGGUACCUGCACACACCUUCAGGAAUGAUGCAGGCCAUUGUCACUAAGAAAGAGGGAGACCCGCUCACUCUCAUGAUUAAAUUCAGCUGAACCAAAGGGACUCGUAGUGUCCUAACGGCCAAUAACACGACGCAGUGAUACAGUAAUAAACUUUAUGUGGUAGAAAUGUGGGGUUUAAUGAUGCGUCUCCUGAGAAAUAACCUCAAGACCUACAAAGAUGCAGAGUUUAAUGAGGAAGACGGCCUUAGAGAGAAAAUUCUUUAUCGUUAUUAGUCUAUCCCAGGUGUUAAUCAUGUUUCUUACAUGUCAGUUCACUUGUAAAAUUUCCUGCUUUUUUACUUUAAAUCUUAUUUUCUAAAAUCUUUAAUCUAGUGACUCAUUAAAACUAGGGUUCAUACACAUUUUUACCAAAACAUUUCCACGACUUUGAGAUAAAUUUUCAAGACCAAAUUAUUUUCAAGCACUGGGGAGGGGCGCAUGUUUUUGUUUUUUUGUUUUUUUUGGCUUAGGGAAGUGGCAAACAGCUUUAAAUGACUCUGUUUUGUAUUUAUCUAUUUUGUAUUUUUAAGGAAAACAUGCCU